AUGGCGCUGAACUCAGAACAGAGCAUCGCGCUCACACAAUGGUUCCUCAUCCCAGUCUUGACAGGAUGGACAAUUGCCUUCGCACCGCCAUACUCCAAAAUAAGACCUGCCCUCAUUGCGAUUGCCAUUGGACUCGCGUGCUCAUUUCAGCUUCAAGUGCACCAAGCCUUUUCAUCAACGCCCGCCCGGGGACCCCUAGCUGCGAUGUGUUGGGUGAAUGUACUCAAUGCCAUUGAUUUGAUUAUGUUGAGUCGUGUCUCGUACGAUGCACAGGUUGCCUGGGAGAUGAAAUCUGCCCAAAGAAGGAUGGUAAAGAGCACCAGUCAGUGGAGGAGAUUCGUCUGGUGUAUAGGGCUGACGCUCAAUUACCGUCGUAUUAAUACCCCAUGGCAAAUUCGCGCUGUUCCCGCAUUUGUCAAAGAUAAGCUGGGAUACGUUCCUGACCGGUGGGUUUUCUUGCGUAACUGCAUGCUAAAUGUGGGCGGUUCUCUGCUCGUGCUGCACUUCUUCGCUAUUGAGGCGGAUGAUCCUCAUCUUCCAAAGUUCAUCUCAGAGCUCUCAGGGAGUAGAAUGGUCCUAUUACCUGCUGAAGAGAAAUGGACGGCGCGGAGGCUGAUCAUACAAAGCCUUUUUAUGGUGUCCUUUGGCUUCCUCUUUCGAGCAGCCAUACUGGGAAUGUACAACCUCCUUGCAAUGGUUUGUGUCAUUCUCGGAGUGCACCGGCCCAUUGACUGGCCACCUAUUUUCGGUUCAACGGCAGAUAUGAAUUCAUUGACUCGCGUGUGGGGGUAA